AUGUUUGUGGAAGCGGAAAUUAAAUUACAUGUCAUUUAUACUACUGCGGAAGAGAAAAUAGAUUUAUGUUGUCCUUCAACAACUCCAUUCAACACUCAAAUAUCUUCACCAACCGACCAAGUAGUAGCGCAUCUCAUGGUAAGCAAGCAACAAAGAAUAUUGAAGAAAAGAAAGAAGGAAAGUUUUUUAUCCCCUUUUUAUAGCGUCAAGUUUAAAUUGGUUUAUAAAGAAGCUCACACAAAGAAGAAGAAAAUGAGGGAAAAACAAUGA